AAGAAGAGGAAGAUAUUGUUGGUAUGUACAAUAAUACGAACAAUAUCUUUGGAAUCGUCUCUGCCUCCAUUAGCUGCUUAUCUUUUUUGUCACUUUGUUCCUGCUUUACGCUCCUGAGCCUCACAUUUCUUAGUCACUUAACACACUGCAUCUGCUAAGCUGCUGGCUUCACCGCAGCUUACUGUAUUUUUGGCGUGCUGGUGCCACCGAAAAGGCAGCUGCUGGCUAUGAGCGUUUGUGCGGGAUUGACCUUUGACCUCCCAGUCAGUCCUGUCCGUUGGAGGCUGGAGACAGUCCAGCUUCUGUGGACGUCCCAGAGGAUCUGUCCUUUCAGUUCAAAUGGCACACUGGGUCACCAUCAGAGGGAUAAAGGGUUGUCUAUCUCUAUUUCUGUUCCCUUUGUGAGGUGGUCCAUGUGGGCCACCGUACAGUCCCGCUGUCCCUGACACUGAGCAGCACCUGUCCCCCUCUGUGUCGCUGUUACAGACUAAUGUAGGUCAGCGUAGGUUCUCAAUAGAGGACCUUGGGGAGGAAUGCACCCCGAGUACAAUGCGUACUUUCAUUUUUAGGCCUGUUAGAGGUCCGCUGAAUGCAGCUUGGCUUACCUGUUCUGCAGCGAGGAGAGGUUAAGUUUCCCUCCGAGACCUCCAGGACUCUGACGAGAAGCUCGGUGUCACCUUUUCCCGAACGACUCCUGUGAGGACUGCAGAGUUCGGGACAAAAACAGAGUUUAGCUGCAGAGAGAGGAGCUCAUGCUGAAAGUCAUGUUACUACUUCAGUGAUAUCCAGAUUUAUCCAUUUAAUGAAUAAUAAGUUUAUUUAAAAUUAUACUUACAUUUUUGAAAAUCCUCCCAAAGAAAUUCAAACUCCUUAAAAAAAAACUCAGCAAAAUUAUUAUGUCAAAAAGAACCAUUUCAACUGCCUGCAAAAUUUAGAUGUAAACGGGGAUUUAAUAAGUAAAAAUUUACCAGACUAAUGGUCAAAAUUAAAUUGCAGGUUAUAAAUAUAUGAGUAGGAAUCAGGGUUGUAACAAUAGCAGGUUUUAAUUUCAUGAUUAACAUCGACAUUGAAUAUCACAGUAACAAUAUCAUUGUGAUAUUUCCUGAAAUUUGUGUUUUAUCCACAACACAAACCCUGUGAUUGAAACAUGAUUGAAGAUGAUAUUACCUAUUGAUUGACUGUUUGUUAUGCUUUUAUUUUGAUAUAUUUUUCCUGUCUUGUGUUAGGUAGGUUAUAUUAUUUCCUGCACUUUAAAGCCAUGCUUUUAUUUUGAAGUACAACUUAAUUACUGCAUAUCACAAAUUUCGGAUGUUCAAUAAAUGAUUAGAAACUAUAGAAAAUACUAUAUGUUCAACUUAUAACUUUAGUCACUUUUCAAAAUAAUCUCGUUAGUUUUGUGAAUUGUGCCGACGAUAUAACCGUUUAUAUUUCUCAUGAUAUGAAUGUUUAAUUUUCUACAAAGACCGAUACCGUCAGCUCCGGUUUAUUGGGAUGGCUCUUCUCGAUAUCUAUGAAACAUUGUGUACAAAGCACUGUCAAAAAUACAUUUAGACAACUGAGAUAAUGUUGAUCUAAAAGCUCUUUUAGUUGUUUUAUUUUGUUUGCCUGCUAACUCUACAUGCUUGCUUUGCACAGAAGAGCAGGAGGAGGAGGAGGAGGAGGAAGUAGAGGAGGUAGCAGAGGAGGAGAAGGAGGAGGAGGUUGUAGAAGAAGAGGAGGAGGAGGAGGAGGAGGUAGAAGGUAGUACCGCUUCUGCUAAUAUUUGCAUGCAAGCAAUAGAUUCAUAUGAUUUUAUUCCAGCUCAUCAUUUUGAAAACAUAUUAACCUGUUAACAUUUAAGGUCGUAUUUUCAAGCCUAAAACAGAAGUUUUAAACACCUAUAGGAAUAAAUACAUGUAUAUAAAUCUGAUUCAAUGGAGACACAUAUUUGUGAAAGGCAUCUUGGUGUUAUGUGAGGUAUUUGUCAACAGUAUUAGCCAUAGGUGAUGAUGGUCAGCUUGGCUUCAUUGUUGAGAAACCUGUUGGAGAACUGGUCUGGACACAAGUCUUUCAGUUUCCACAGAGGUUUAUGUUUAUGCUCCACAAAGUUUUCAGCACUUUUUCUUUGCUGUCAGAAGGUCUGUUCAUUUCUUUACACCUGUUUCUCUUAUCAGCUGUUUGUGUCCAAAAGCUAAUGAACUUCCUGCUGGCAAAAGUUGAGUUUUAAACGUCUUAAUAGAGCGUGCACUUUGCAGACAGUAAUGUUUGGAUCAGACUUGUGUAAAUUAGCUCAUUAACAGGAUGGUUUCGAUCUGAUCUGCAGCAUCUGAAAGCCAAGCUGACUGCUGUCUCUUGUGGUGAAUACACUCACCAUUAACAAAUACCUCAAACCAACAUCACAUCCAAACCAUGUAAAAAAAAAAAAAAUAGAAAAUUUACCAUCCUAUUAGAGUUUAACAGAGAGUUGGAUUUUGGUCAGUAUUGAAGUAGAAAGCUCUAGAAUCAAUCAUCUAAUUCAAUAUUUCUGCUGCCUGUCAUUGUAUCUUAGGUAGCGUAUCAUCAUGACAUUUUUGUUAGUAGUAAAAAUACUUUAGAGACGACAGGUUUACUAUCCCUGAUUUAUGAGCUCGUCUCGCUCUCUGUGUCUCUGUGUCUCUGAGCUUCAGGUGGAGGUUUCUGUACGUUUAACCUGAAGUCUGCUCUUAAGGAAACACGCCUGCAUAUUUUUACUGACUCUGUCCAUCAGCUCUGACAGAAGAUGAUUAUCUAUGUUGACUCAGUCACCUGUAGUGUGUUUGGGGUCAUACCCGCCCCAAUUAUCAUUGACAGCUUCCCUUUCACGAGUGUCAAUCAGCAUUACACUUGAUUUAUUGAGGCCGUGGCCUGUCAGACCAGAACUUAUGAAAGAGUGGAGUUAGACAGCUCUACAAAAUACUCUUUUUAAUUAGGUAUCUUUGACAUAAAGGAAAAGUAUAGAAGAGGAUCAGGGCCACUGCAAUAAAAAAAGGUCCAAUAUAAUUUUUCUAUUAUUAUUAUUAUUCUGAGAUUAAAGUUGGAAUUCUGAGAAAAAAGUCAAAAUUCUGAGAUUAAAAUCUAAAUUCUGACUUUUUUCCUCAAUUUUUUAAUUUUAUUCUCAUUUCAGAAUUCUGAAUUCAAUCUUAUCUCAAAAUUCUGACUAUAAUCUCAGAUUUCUGACUUUUUUUCCUCAGAAUAAUAAAACAAAAUAUCGCCCUUUUUUCUUUCCAGUGACCCUAAUCCUUUUCCAUAGAAAGUAAAUCAGAAACAGGAUUUUUUCUCAGUCUGUUUUCAGUCUCAUCAGGACAGAGAUGAUGAUUCAUUUUAAUUCACUUUUUUUUUACACCUGAAUAGUUUAUACUUUCAUUGGUCAAGUCAUAAUGACAUCUGCUGAAUUAGGCCUGAAACACGCUCUUGAUAAGUUGUCUGACCUUAGCCUUUCACAGUAGGAAUCACCUGUAAACUUGAGUCAAAACUAACUUCUUUGCGGUCAGUAUUGAUUUUGCACUGACUCUCUUAUCUCUGUGCAGACGGCGGAGAGGACAAUGAUGGAGGUAUGGACACUAAAGUGAAGAAAAUAAAGAUUGAGCAUGAGAAAUAUGCAAAAUAUUUAAUAGGUAACUUUGUGUGCUAAGAAUUAUGUGUCACAUAUUUUCCUUCACAGAUGAUACCAAACCCAAAACAAAGUAAGAUAAGAGCUCAGAAGUAAAAUCACAAUCCUCCUGUGAAGAUGAACUCAAAUAAAAACAUCUCCUUCUUUCUGUUCCUCCUCAGACACGGUUUCGUGCCCGGCAUGGCACCUCCUAAAAUCCCAGAGGGAGAGAAAGUGGACUUUGAUGUGAGUCAAAGUUACUCCAAUAAACCGUCUCUGUGACUGAAAACUGGAUUGAAUCUCAUCUCAUCUUUGAUUUUCAGGACAUUCACAGAAAACGGAUGGAGAAAGACCUGACCGAGCUCCAGACUCUGAUCGAAGCCCACUUUGAGAAGCGGAAGAAGGAGGAAGAGGAGCUUAUUAGCCUCACUGAUCGCAUUGUACACUCAAGAAAUCACAUGUUUAACAUCUAAUCAUGUUUAAUUCUCUCAUCACUGUUGUGUUUUUUUACUAUUAUGUCAUAUUUUUCUUGAUUUUUCAGGAGAAACGCCGGUCAGAGCGAGCAGAGCAGCUGAAGAUCAGGGCAGAGAGAGAAAAAGAACGGCAGACUAGAGUAGCUGUACGUCCACGUUAGAAAAACAAAAACAAAUGAAAGACCUUUUUAUUCAGGGUUAGGGUUAAAUUUAAUUCAUAUUCUUUAUAAUGAAACAAGGAACUAUUCUUUUCUUUGUCAGGAAGAGAAAGCCAGAAAAGAGGACGAAGAGAUGAAGAAGAAAGCCGAGGAUGAUGCCAGGAAGAAGAUGAUCCUGUCGAACCUGAGCUUUACUGGAUACAAGGUGGUGUCAUAUAAAAAUGCCUUCAGCUUACAGAGACAUGUCGUAUUUAGUCGCUCACCCCUGCAUGUGUCUCUCUCUCUUUCUCUCUGUUUCUGACCUGCAGACACAAACCGGGCCAAAGAGACAAACAGAACGAGAAAAGAAGAAGAAGAUCCUGAACGAGAGACGUACAGAGCUGAACGUCGAACACAUGAGAGAGGACGCCCUCAGGUUUGUGAGAUCAGCUUACAAUACUUAAAGAGAUGGGAGUGCUAAGAAGAUGAAUGUGAUGAGGAGGAGAUAUUUCUAUCCUGCUCCAGGGAAAAGGCCAAAGAACUGUGGGAGAAACUGCACCAGCUGGAGGCCGAGAGGUUUGACCUUCAGGAUCAGCAGGCGAAACAAAAGUAUGAGGUAAGACAUAACAUAGGAAUGUCGUACAUGAUCACAUCGUCAGAAUGUCACCGUUCUCACACACACACACACACACACACACACACACACACACACACACACACACACACACUGGGAUGUGAGCCAAACUCAACAGGCUGUGACGGAAAGAGGAAUGAAACAUUUACUGAUGCUGCUGAUCGACUGAUAAUGUCUAACUACAGAUUUCACAGCUCCCCUGCCAAAGUCAACAUGUGCAUUGACACUGAUGAAGUAGAUAAUGUAACAGCAGCAGCGUUCAUGACAGUGGUUAUAGGACACAACACUGCCACACCACAACAAGAAGAAGAAGGAGGAGGAGGAGGAGGAGGAGGGUAGCGGGUUCUUCUGAGGACAGGGUGAUUCAAGGUGAAUGUCAGAAGAUUUUCAGGACUCAGAGAAACGUAAGAGGAAGAAAGUCUAUCUUUAGGCUCUCUCUCUCUAGAGCUAAGGAUAGUCCAAAUGUCUUUAUGUCAUCAAUACAUGAAUUAUAAAGACACGUCAACUCUAACCUGAGCUCUAGCAGGAGUUUCCCUGUAGCUUUUACAGAGCAACGAUUAUUGAAACACUGAAAAGGCAAAAAAAGAGAAACAACUACAUUUCUAAACCCUUUAUUAGAUAGUAAACACUGUCAGGACAACAUAUUAGAUAUUGAACCUGAGAAUGUCAUUGUAUUGUUAAAAAAAAAAGGCUCAAUUCAGAUUUGAUACCAGCAACAGCUUUAAUUAAAAUGUACAGGUGCUUAUGUGCCAUCAGGGAUACUGACUUUUGGACUGUUUCUUGUGAACAAAUGAGGAAAGUUGGAGUCCAUAAUAAAAAUAAUAAAAAAUAAGUAAAAUUUGGUUUUGUCUGAGAAUUUUACAACUUCACCUCAGUCGAUCUGCUUUCACAGACAGUCACUUUUGGAAGUGAUUUUGAGCUCAGGAGUUGACCUCCUCUACAGAAUCUGUUAAAGAAGAGCCACCUGAGGGCCCAAAGACUGUCGUCCAGUUUGUUUUGAUUUUUCCAGAUUUUUUUUCAUAGCUUCUCCUGAAAUGACACACAGUAGAUGAUGGAAAACCUCAAAUUAUUUUUACUUUUACACUGAGAAAUAUUUUUAUGAAAUCCUGUUAUUUGCUAACGCAGUCUCUCACAAAGUGGUGAACUUCAGGUUCUGAUGGACUCAGCCUUCCUGAAGUUUCCUUUCUAUCCAAUUCUAUAACCUGCUGUAAUUUAACCUCAUUAGUUGGGAGGUGUUGUAAUUGUGUUGUUGUUGUUGUUGAGGGUUUUGUAACUUUUUCUUUGUUUCGUUGUCCGGUCGAGUUCAGAACAUGCCGCUGGCCUCAAAGUUCAAGAGUUUAUAUUUUUCAGGAAAUAAUAAAAUGUUUUAGUCUCAAAGUUCGAUGUGUUAUCUCAACACAAUUUUCUCUUAAAUUUAGGUUCCUCACAACAUCAGACUGUCAUCAUCUUUGUACUAUUUUAGAGUUGUGUCGGGUGACCAUAUGUCCUCUUUUACCCGGACAUGUCCUCAUUUUUGGGGGCUGUCUGAGGGAGUUGAUAAAAGUGUGUAAAAAACACUCGACCCGACCUGAAAAACCCUCAAAAUUAACUAAGUAUGACUCCUCCCCACGUGGUCGUGUCCUCUUUUUGGGGAUUCAGAAUAUGGUCACCCUAGAGUUGUGGUUGUAUGUAAACUGAUGAAGUAGUUAACCCAGUAUUACACAUUUAAUUUGGUAACUACCACCACAAAUGCUCGUAAUACUUCCAAAGUCAAAGGUCAAGAUGUUGGGUUUGUUGUGUUUUAGUGAGAUGAGCUAGUUUAGUCUUAGCCUUCCUUUUUCCCUCCGUCACACUGAGCUAAGUUACUCCUGAUUGAUUUUUCCCAUCAGUAGCCACAUCUAUGAAAAUUUGGUCGAUUUUCUUCAGGAAUGAAUUUAUUUUGGUUUGGUGAGGCUAGCUGGGGCGACACUAAAAUGAGAGAAAUUCAACAAGCCACACUGCAGUGACAACAAUUAUAAACGAGUUUGUUGUUUUUUUAGAUUAAGUUUUUUUUCUUUUUUUUUGCAGAUCACCGUGCUGAGAAACCGAGUCAGUGAUCAUCAGAAAGUGUAAGUCCACCCUGGUGAAUUGUUGGAAGUAGCAAAUUGUCAUAAAUGUUUUUUUUUAUCACAAACAUUGUACAUAAUUGAAAUACUGGGAUGCAUGAAUUAAUAAGCCUUGUCUUUGUGGAUCUGUAUAACCUCUUUUUAAGAUCGUCUUGGGACUCUACAGAGGCUUUUCGACAUCAAUCAUAACAAACUAGAUCUCAGAGAGCCGUGCCAACAGUUCGUUUUUAUCGAUAACUCCUGGUCUCAUGUCUGCUCUGAUAGAAUAAGUCCCCCGGUGACCUCGUCUUUCCACCACCUCCUGGUCCUGUUUUGGCGUCCCCUCAGCUCCCCUCACAUCACUGAUCUCCGUUUGUUUCAGUAAACAGCUGUCUGACAGCAGGACUUAAGUUUUCUCCAUCAGUACAUCCAGUUAAACAGGUCUGGGAAAACAAAGAGAGUAGGGCACACACACACACAGAUGGGGGGCCUGUUUUUCUCAAAGGGCAGGCCGGGGCAUCUGGACAACAUAUAGGGACUCACAACAGCUGAGAGAUCUCAGAACAGCUGUGAUGUGAUAUCAACCGGGUUCAUGUAGCUUACAAUAAAACAGUGACCGACCCCUGCUGCCAUCUGAGUCACGUCAGAGCUUCUUCUUGAUUACACAAGGCUUUAUACCGAGCUUUACCGUGCCUAUAGUAUUUGUAUUUCUGCAGGAGACGGCUUUGAUUUUGUAAACCAAGAACACUAUAACACCACUGACCUCAUUCAGCUGUUAUCCAUCUUCAUAAACUCUAAAGACCCACAGAAAUAAUUGCAGAAUAGCUCUGGCCUUCAGUUUGUGUCAUUACAUGUUCAUAUGGAAGCUGCAGGGGUCAUGCAGCCUGGUAGCAACAGCAGAUAAAGAUAGCAGGAAACUAUUUGUGGGCAAAUCCCCCCGACCAAAGACAGACAGUUAUGACAAGCCUUCAGUAGCGACAGUGUCCGAGGUCAGCAGCAGAUUUCUGUGUCGAAGAGAGAGCUCUGAAAUAUGAGCACAGACUGUUUUCAAUCCAUCUCAAAGGUUUGAUGACAAACUGCUGUGAAAAAGAGAGUUUUUCAUUUUGCAUCGUUGGCUCUCACAAUAUCAGCUCCACUUUCACUAACCUGCAUGAAAAAGUAACACCUUUUUUUUACCGGUCAAGUUUGUAAAUAACAUUUUCUGACAAAAGAUCUGAUAUUGUUAACCUGUCACAGUCAAAUGCCUAUCUGCCCAGCGGUAGUGGUUACAGGUGUUUAAAAUGACAACAUAGAAAAUGUCCAUCUUUGGUCUACUGAGUACCUGUGGAUCAUAAAAGCACCCCUGGACUUUCAAUCUUGUUCCAUAACCACCAAAAACACUAAUAAGUACACAGUGGGGUUUAUUUUUUAUUUUCAUUUUUAUUUAUUUAUUUAUUUUUAAAUUUAAUUUUUUACUUUAUUAGUAUUUUUAUUAUCUAUUUUGUUUUAUGAUUUUUGUUUUAUUCUUUAUUUUUAAUUGUAUUUAUUUAUUUAUUAAUUUUUUAAAAUUAUUUUUUCAUUUCAUUUAUAUAUUUAUUUAUCGUAAAUUGGUGAGGGGGCGGGGGAUGUUGGGGCUGUGGAAUUGGUAGAGCAGUAUGUUUUGUGUUUAUAGUGGAUUAUUGUGUGUUUUGUGUUAUUUUUGUAUCAGUGUUGGGACUCCCUCAAAAACAAGACAUAUCCUAAAUAAAUUAUAACUUUAUUUUGAAUUAAAUUACAUUGAAAUUAGUUGGAAUGUAUCACCAGAUAUUUCUACCUUAAAGCUCCUGUGAGGAACUUUCAGUCAGUAUAAAUUUUGGCGCCCCCUGUGGCCAAAACAGUCUUUGCUUAUCUUGCCUUCUGCAUGCUAAAGUCGUGUCUGCUGACACAAAGUCUUUACCUGCUGGCUUUGGAAAGUCAAAUAAAUCAAUUUUGUGAAUAUUUUAUGACAUAAAAGGUUCACAAAAAGGAAAAAAAUAUUGUUGAAAUUGUUAAAAUUAGGCGGCACAGUUGUAAUGAACUGAAAAUCACAAUGUUAAAAUUGGCGGUCUUGUCCAAGAUGAUUUUUUUCAUUUUGGUUAAACAUAAAAAGACAAAAAAAAAUCACUGUAUUUCACAAAGGUAAAAAAAAAAAUCCCCACUGGAGCUUUAACGUGAAAAAAAACUCCUGAAUUAAUAAGGUCAAACUGUCAUUCAUUGUCUUAAUUUUACCUUAAAUAAAAUAGAAUUUAAAAAAAUAUAAAUAAAUAAACCUUGAUUUAGAAUACAGCUGUUGGGGCUAAAUUUGGAUUAAAAAGUUAUAAGAAAUUAAAUGUGGAAGUCCAGAAAUGCUUUAUGGAUGGGGUUGAUUGCACGCUGUUUCCUUACAUGAUGCAUCUUUGAUAUCUCAAACUUGUAGGUCUAGUAAGGGGAGAAGAAGCAAGCGUGGCCUGAGGAAGUAACACCUGACAUCCACCAGCACGAACCUGGCAUCACCUUGCCAAUAAAUUACCGAGAGGAAGGUGCACCGUGUUUUAAAUGUUUUCUUAACUCUCAAACAGGCUCAAACAGGCUCAUUUCAACAUGAUCGUAGGAUUCUCUAAACUUAAACUGAGUGAAGGAGGCUGAUCAGACGACGACUCUGCAGCUUGUGGUUGUUUAACAAGGAUCUGAUUGGAGGUGUGGGAUCCAAAAUUAUGACCUAAGCAUUCAGAGGUAUCUAAAAAUGUGACAGCUUUAUUAUUGCGACACUUUAAUGCAUGUCGUACCGGUAAAUCUGUCACAUGUAGAGAUCUGGAAAGUUGAGUUCAGACUCAUUAACUGUUGAACUUUGUGUGGAUUUUAUGGUGUCAUGAAUUAAAGUCUUUCUCCGUCACA